UUGGUUGUUUCUUUUUUACGAUACCUAAUGUUUUCAAUUCUCUCAUCGUUCCAGCGCUUGUAUGAUAUCUGGCAUUUGUUUGACACCUGGAACAGCCUUUGGUAAUGUAAUCCUGUCUUUCUUCUACAAGCUGUAGUUAACAGAAGAAUCCAUGCACAUUGAUACAGCUUGCAUAUUGUUGCGCUGUCUCAUCCAAUCGCGUAAAUGUAUGCAAGCGCUGUCCCGAUCCCAGCGCUUCCCUCCACUUUCACCUUCACUUUCCCCCGCGUUACAAAGGAGAUUUCUAUGUCUUUCGAGUUUCGGAGUCUGUGCUGCUUCUGUUAGAACCCUGAUGCUCAUAACAAACAACUCGCUUCACACACUCGUUUUGCAGCUGCUCGAACAUUGUCUUUGCAUUCUUGUCACUUACUACACGGAUACUCUCCAAGUGUGAAUCGAACAGUCGAUCAUGUCUUUCUUCCACAACGCUUGGAAGGCUCUGGACGGCUUUGGACAAGAGGCCGGCAAACGCGUCGGCGGCGCCGCACACGAGACAUUCAAACAUCUCGACGCUUUCGGACAAGACGCGGGUAGAAAGAUUGGACCUGCUAUUGGAGAAGCUUGGAAGCACAUGGAUGCGUUCGGUCAAGAGGCUGGAAAGCAGGUCGGCGGCGCCGCACACCAGACGUUUAAGCAUCUCGAUGCCUUCGGUCAAGACGCAGGUAAAAAGAUCGGUCCUGCUCUGGAGGAGUCAUGGAAGCAUAUGGAUGCGUUUGGUCAAGAGGCUGGGAAACAUACCAGCCUCGUGGCAGCAAGGACUAAGCAAUGGGUCGAAAAGCAUCCAGGAGAGACUGCUGGCAUCGUCGCGUGUGUUGUGGCCGCUCCCAUCGGUAUCGGAGCCGCGUACGCUGUUUUGAAUAUGGUGGGCUUCACAGCUACGGGAGUUGCAGCUGGAUCAGCCGCUGCAGCAGCGCAAUCGGGGAUUGGUAGUGUCGCAGCUGGAAGCACUUUUGCGGUUCUGCAAAGUGCGGCAGCAGGAGGUGCUGGUGCUACACUCGUCAGUGGCGUCGCUGGAGGCACGGCCACCGGCAUUGCUGUUGCUGCCACGACUCCUGGAUUGAUCAAAGCUAUACAGGACGGCAAGAAGGAGGUCACGAUCGAUGAUGUCACGUACAAGAUCGAAGGCAAAGAGGAGGCGGAACCGUCACCACCAGCUCAGUAGAGUCUGACAGUGUGGUCGAGUAGACUGAGGAGGGUGUGAAGGCAUUGGGGCACUACAUAUCGCGUCAGAGUAACACGGCAUGCUUACGACUGGCGAGGCAUAGGGCAGAGAUACGGAGAAAGUUUACUAGUGUAGUGUCUUGCAUCUUCAGUACCUAGCACAAGCUAAAGGGAUCAGCUUCGGGCAGACUCAAUCCAGUAUUAGAAACGUGAACUUGUAUGCGAGCCGCGACGAGCGCAUUCCUGACAUCGUGCUCCGCGGGAUCUUCGACGGCUUCGCGUCGCUCCCGAGACAAGGCUGAGCCGUUGGUGGAGCGGUUCACCGCCGGGUGACAGGCGUAGCUGCACGGGUUCCGAACACAGGAUGGCGCCGAUGACGCCUGCAUCACAACCCGGUGAACCCAAAGCAACGACUAAUUCCAGAAGUCUGCCGUCGCACAGGUUCCUGGACUCGAGUAACUACCGCUGCACACUACCGG